GCUUGGGUGGAUUAUGGAAUCCCACUGACUACUACCAGCAAUGAAGCAAGCAAGCUGUUUGAUGCCUCUCUCACUCAGUAUGUCGGAUGGUACAAUGAGGAAAGUUUAGGAGGUCUGGAAGCCACGUGUGUAAAACUUGAAGCAGACCCCAACUUUGUGAUGGGUCAUGUGAUUAAGAAUGGUCUAGAUGUUUUGGGGACUGGCCGGACCAUCAGACUUGACAAGAGUUUUGACAAAGAUAUCAAAAGAAUGGUCAGUCUGGCUGAGUCAAACGGUAUCACUGACCGAGAAAGGAAACAUGUAAAUGCAGUCAGACUCUGGGCUGAAGGGGAGAUGAUCGCUGCGGCCAAUGUGUGGGAGGACAUUCUGGUGACUUAUCCCAAGGACAUGCUCGCCAUCAAGUUCGCCCACGACUCCUACUUCUACCUCGGCCAACACCCACAGAUGAGGGACAGUAUCGCCAGAGUACUACCAGCCUGGGACAAGCGAAUGCCCUUAUAUGGGUACCUAAUGGGAAUGCACGCAUUUGGACUGGAGGAAUGUAACCUGUACCAACAGGCUGAGAUUGCUGCACGACAGGGUUUGGACAUAAACCACAAGGACGCCUGGUCAACACACGCCAUGGCUCAUGUCCUGGAGAUGCAGGGCCGCUUUGAGGAAGGAAUCAACUUUAUGUCAAAUACAGAAAAUGACUGGAAUACCUGUGUGAUGAUUGCAUGUCAUAACUACUGGCAUUAUGGUGUCUACAACAUAGAGAAGGGUACCUAUGAUGACGCUUUGGGAAUAUUUGAUAGUGAGGUUUUGAAACGAUCCAGGAGCUCAGGAGCAUUAUUAGACUUAGUUGAUGCCUCUUCUCUGUUGUACAGACUUCAAAUGGAAGGGGUCAAUGUGAAGGACAGGUGGCAGGAUGUGUUUGACCUCUGUCAACCACAUAUCGAGGAUCACAUCAUGACUUUUAACGAUGCUCACAUCCUGUUUGCGUGUCUGGGUUCAGAAAAACAGGAGGUAUCAAAGAGGUUGAUUGACACACUAAAAGAUUUUGUCAGAAAUGGAAAGGGAGACAAUCGUCGUAUAUCAGAGGAAGUAGGCGUGCCAUUGUGUGAGGGAAUAAUGGCGUACGAGAACGGAGAUUACGCCCGGGCAGUGGACUUAAUGUAUCCAAUACGAUACAAAAUUAUCACCAUAGGGGGCAGUCACGCACAGCGGGACGUCUUUAAUCAGCUCCUUAUCCAGGCAGCCCUCAAAUCUACCAGGAAAGACCACUGUAGAAUGGCAAGGUCCCUGUUGACCGAGCGGAAGGCACUAAAACAGACUGCCCCCCUGACUGACCGACUGAUGGCUAAAGCCAUGGCUGUCCACGUGGAAUAGAAACAAGCUUUCAAUGUGUGUAGUUUUGAUUCCAUUUUUCUCCUCAUCAAGUUUUCCAGCUCGCUGUGAACAUCUUCUAAUUCAACCAGCUAAAUUUAAAAUGAUGAAUAGUAAUCGUUCAGGGAUGAUCCCCAACCCAUACACUUUAAGAAAAAAAUUCUGUUUUCCCAAAAGGCCUAGUUUCAUGGUAUUUGGCUCAAGUAUCUUUCUAGGAUAACACAAUUAAAGUUUGCAAAAUGAAAUUACUUUGCGCUUAAUGUCAAAGAUAAAAAGGGUAACUUUAGCAGAUCACUUCAAAUUUGCAUUUGGUGAUACAGGGCCAUUGCGCCUCUUUUGAUAUUAUAUAUGUUGUUGGUUUUUUUAAUAUUGAUAUUUUCUUUCCUUCAGACAAUUUUACGACAAGACCAUUACUAUGCUAUAAAAUGACCUGAGGAUAAAUGAUUAAUGUGCACCAGAGUCAUUAGCCCACCAUCAUCAGAUGGUGGG